CAAGCAGAACUUGCAAAAUCUGAAUCCUACGAAGUGUUUGAAAGUGAUAAUAGUACAUACAAUAUAACAUGGAUUUGUAAUCAUGCUAAUUUGACUUCGACAAAUAUUGUACAUCUUGAAGCACCCAGUUUUUGUCUAAUGCAGCAGGCUUCUGGUAUUUUUAAAACUGUUAACAUUUCUGAUACAACAAAUUAUGCUGGAAUUAAAAUGCUAGCAAUCAAAUAUUCACGUGGACGCCCACCAAAUAAUGGACGCAUCCAUAGGGCAGAUGAAGAUAAAACAUCUUCAAAGAAAAGUGCUAGUAAAUACAAGCAUGAUGGGAUGGUUUUAAAACUGAUCACUUAUAUUAACAUUGCAGUAAAUUGUAAUAAAAGCCAGGUGCCAGCAACAAAACGUUUACGUGGUCAACCACUGAAAAAUGCUAAACAAAAGUGA